AUGCUAUCAUUAAUCAAGCCACAGAAAAAGAAUGAAUCGUCAUCGACGAAUACACCCGUUUCUAGUGAAUCACAUCGUGCUGGGGUGGUUGCUGGUAAUGUUGGUAAUGCUGGUAAUGCUGGUAAUGCUGGUAAUGCUGGUAAUUCUGGUAAUUCUGGUAAUGCUGGUAAUUCUGGUAAUUCUGGUAAUGCUGGUAAUGCUGGUAAUGCUGGUAAUGCUGGUAUUGGUACCACGAGUCAUAAUGUUGGUUCAACUUUGGCGAGUCAGACCGGGUCUACUCCCCAACAGUCUCCUGCUGUUCAUCAGAAUUGCCAGUUUGUGGUACAUCCUUUAGCUACCAAUAGUGUUUCAAAUAUGGGCUCUCCCAAGAAGUUACUCACGCCAAUCAAGAAUUUCUUUUUCUCCUCGAGAUCAUCUGCAACUACUCCAACAACCAACGAUAGCUUGCAGGAAGCGUUGCAAAUGAAAUCUCCCCUGAAGGAGUCAAAAGGCGGGUCGAUUUUCAAGAAACAUGUUCGAAGUCGCAGUUACGUUUCCACGCAUUCAUCAAUUGAAUCGAGAAAACUACCCGAAGAGUCACUUUUCCGGGCCCAGGGGGUGCAAACAGCCGUUUCUUCUCCCUCUUUUGACCUUAAUAGUUUAGCAGAUUUGGAGGAUCGGCAUGUUUCUUUAUCAAACGAAGAGCGCCAUGCUUUACCACAAGAGUUCCAAAAACGAACGCCACACCCUCAUGUUGCAUCGUCUAUACGAGGAUCCUCGCUAGGACCGCCGAUUUUGCUAUCGCGAAGCUCAGUAAAAGAGAUAUCUAACAGCACUAGGUCAUCAGCUGAAAGUGCAACCAGAUUCCAUACAAAAGAAAUAAAUUUUAAUCUACCGCUAGCAUCAUCUUCUCAUGAAGAUGAUGAUAGUCAGCCGAAAACAACAGACCAUAUUAGCUUAUACAGUUGUAUAUCAGACGUAGAAGAAGGGUAUACAGAGGAAGAAGAUGACACAUCUUCGCAGUUUUCUUUCGUGCAGGACAUGAAAGGUGGGAGAAACACCUCAGUCAAGUAUUACAAAACAAAAUCGUCGCUGAGACCUUCUGGCAAAAACAUAUCACAUAUUAAUCAUCCUUUUGAAUUGCAAGAUUUAGGCUAUGAGGAUGAGGAGCUUUUUGACUAUGAUUUCGAAAAUAAUGGGAUGGAUGAGGAGGUUUAUGAUUCUAAUGAGGAAGAUGAUUUCGAAGCCAGGAAUGGUGCUUACAAAGAGUUUCUUCAUGAUGAUUCCAAGACACAAGGGUCCACGACCAAUUUUGAAGAAGACUUCAAGACCAAAAACAAGUCUUCGUUUGUUUUGAACGAAAAGCAAUCUUACUCGUCAAUUUUGGCGCAUGGGGGCAAAGAGUUUUUACCACUACCGCAUUUACACAUCCCUUUUAAUUUGUCGUAUCACCUAUCCAUUCAGGGUUCGGCAUCUAGUUUUUCUGAAACGUCCAGUCCCAAGAAAUCGAACUUUGAAGAGGAUAUAUUGGAAAAUUAUUUAGAUAAGAGCGAUGCAAGCUCGGCACAUUCCUCUAGUUAUUUGAGCAAUAACUUUGAGACUCCUUUGUGGAGAGAAGAGAAAUAUAAUGACCAUGAUGUUGAUGAUGGUGUUGAUGAUGAUGAUGUUGAUGUUGAUGACCAUGAUGAUGAUGAUGAUGAUGAUGAUGAACGCGAUGCUUUAGAACUUUUUGACAUCAACAGUCCCAUGAUUAAUGGAUUGACUAUUGGCCACAAUUUAAGACACCGUUCGAGGAAGACAAGGAGUGAUGUGAAUCCUAAUAAAUCACUCAUUCACCGGUACUCUUUCAAUACGAGUACAUUAGAGAAUAGAUUUGAAGAGGUACUGUAUGCUAAAGAAUUAAUUCAAAAUAGGAUCUUUUCAUCUUUUCACGGGUCAUUUGAUGAAAAGCUGCAUAGUCGAGUUAUUUCAAAUAUAAAGGAGUUUGAAUCUUUUAUUGGAAAGAGAAGAAAUCAAGUGCCAGAAGAGACGAACAUAGUUGACAAGCAAGACUCAUUUCCGUCGACUGACUACCAUGAACAGAAAGUGAGCAGUAGAGACAAUUUACCGGAAAAGAAGAAGGUCCAAGUAAGAGAAAAUGCAAUUGACAGUUUCCCUUCUACAAAUUAUGAUGAUGGAUGUUUCGAAGAAGCCAACAGUGAUAAAAACAAAAAGAGACAAAAGCUGAGUGAGCCAAGAGAAAGCUCUUUUGGUGAAAUAAUGGAUAUCUUACAAAGCCUUGAGACUCGUGCUGAUAAUAACGUUAAAUCGGUUGAACAAGCUCCAGCUGAUAGUCAGGAUGCAAACUCACAAGGCGCGAAUCCCGAAAACGGAAGCUCCGUUGUAGAGAUAAUGGGAUUAUUAAGCAACUUAGAACAUCAAAAAAGCAACGUCCAUAUACAAUGUGAAGGCAAAAAAACUUUUCCCGUUGAAACAGUACCUCCAGCAAAUGCAGUUGAAUCGAAAGAUAACACUGUUUUUAAUAGAAACUCUGUGGCUGAAAUGAUGAGUUUACUAUCAAAUUUGGGUGCCGUGCAAUCAGAAGUAGGGUUGUCGAAUUCCAAAAGUAUCAAUGACGAACGUAAGAAAAAGAGAGAAUCAGUUGAAUUCAUGAUGAACUUUUUAGCCAGUGUUAAAACGGAUGAUUCAUCCGAACCAUUUCAGAACUCUACAGUGGAUGCUUCAGAUAGUGGUUCGAGAAUACUGCUCAAGAAUGCUCAAGUAGAAGUCAAGAAAUCAACCGAAACAAAUUCUGAUACCGCUGAGUCAAGCUUCAAACAUCGACCGUCAUUCAAAAGAUACUCGUGGUUCAGCAGCCAGGAAAGCUUGACUUCAAAGACUUGUAACCAUCAAGUAUCAAAAGAAAUCGACCCAACGGACGAUACUCUCAAGCCGGUGCCUUUAGACCCCGAGUUGCUUGAUGAGGUUAACCAAAUUCCCGAAGAUUUCGUUUAUCAUAGUCAAUCAAUGCCGAUAAAUAAUGUCAUGAACCGUCAAAACGUCGUCCCCUUUUCCAAAUCUCGUUUCGAACGCUCCAAUUCUUACAAUAGAAAACCAAAAAAAGUGCUAUUAUCUAGCCAACCAAUAUCAAACAAAAUCGAGACUCUAAAUAAGACAGUAACUUUUUACAACAAGAACACUUCUUUGCCACCACCGUCGUCACAAAUGGGUAAAUUAGGGUUGAAGAGUUACAACAUGAGUCGAAGCCCUUCCACAAGAUCAAUUAACUCGUGUCCCUCAGUUGUCGAAGCUAACGAAGAGGAAAUAGAACAAGAAAAUGAAACUGAGGCCACAGUACCUGUUUAUGUAAGGUUUAAUAGACAAGGAAUAAAGAGGGGAUGA